AUGCGCGUUACACCGGAGGGCCAGAUUGCGAUAUGUUCACUGAGAGAAUUUGUCCUGCAAGGUAUAUGUUUAUGCGUUUGGCGUCUGGUUCGUGAUGCGCCAUCGGGUGUCUACCUGGUUCUCGAGUUCCUCGAUGGUACAUUCAAUUUCGGUCAAGGUGUCGUGCUUUUCAUCAUUUUUGGUCUGGACGGUGACCUGAUCCUGGAUCCUGCAAGGCGAUUAGGGGUGGAACUGAACAAGCGCGAAUUUACUGAUAGGAAGGUCCGUGGUUCGAAUCCAACCUCUGCCUCUCGACUUCUCCUGUCUAGGCUUGGGCAACCUGGCAGUAUCCCAGCCCUCGUGCAACCUUCGGGUGGCAUGGCAAUUAGAAACUGA